AUGGCAAUUUGUUUCGCAAGACACGGGGCUGAGAAGUGCGUCGAAUGGAGCAAGCUUUGCAAUGUGGUCGAUUGGAAAUACUUCGGCGCAUUAAGCGACUCUGAUAAGCAAUGUUUGACAAGUUAUAUUACUGUACACACAUGCGCUGCAAAAUAUGGUAAAGUGUUCUGUUCGAAGAUGCAAUCAGCGUGCUAUCAGAUACUCGGUGAAACUGUUCGUUCUGGAGCCGUUGUUUUAAUGCCACCGAAUGUUGCAUAUUGCAUGACUUCCGAGCAUUAUUUGGCUAUAUGCUACGCCAAGUUUGGUGCUGCGAAAUGUAUUCAGUGGAGGCAAAUUUGCUCGAUUCCGAUCAACUACAAGGAGUUAAUGGUUUCGCAAGAGGAAUGCGUUACUAGCUACGUGAUGAUUCAAAGUCUCGUCCAGAAUUGUCAGGCCAGUUCAUCGCAGCCGUUUUGUACACAUGUGCAACAGUCAUGCUCGGCGAUCGGUGUCAAAAUUGUUGUAAAACCUACUCCUCCGAAACUGGUUCUACCGCAACCAACAGAUGUGGACAUGAGACUCUGUUACACAAAAUACGGUAUUGUUGGCUGUGAGGAGAUGUUAAGAAAAUGCUUUAUUUCGCCGGCGAUGAUCAAUAUUGUGCUGGAUGGUUUCAAGAGGGAUUGCCUGAAAAGACGUAAGUUAUGCGAUAGUAUGGGAUCGGCACACUUUUUUCUGGCCACGAGACGGAUUGAAAUCAUCUAA